AUGAAAAGGCGCUUCGGCAAGAGGUCCAGCUGUCUCUGGGCGAACAGGACCAGCAUGUUCGAUGAGAUUCAGAAAACCAACCAGUGGCUGGACAAGUGGAUCAAUGGUACGACCGAGGAGGAUGAUGAGGUCGGCCUGCCGGAGACUUCGAGAUCCCGUCGCAUCGGCAUGGUCCAAGACCUAUCCGACUGGGCCAAGGACAUCAGCCCGCUCUUGGUCUCUUCGACCUUGGGCAUCGACCUUGGCAACAGAGGAGAAGCGGGUGAAUUGGAAGUGCCGAGCUCAGUGCAUGUGAGGCCCGACAGCAGCUUGAUGCUCUUUGCCAAGCAGGCGCGGCAUGAAGUGCAUCGGCACACGAAGUCGGCUCUCACGGGCUCAUGGUGCGACACAGUCAUGGGGCCCGCGGCAGAGGAAGAAGAGCCCGAAGAUUCCAGGAAUCAAGAGCAGGCAGGGUCAGAUGUCUUCGUCGGACGGAACAGCAGCUUGGCCGCAGAGUUGACUGGAGAUGCCCUGGUGGAGCGUCUCCGCCAUGGUUGCUGCCGGAGCUGA